AUGACCCACCUUGACUUAGGCAAUAUAAGAUAUAAGACAUUUGGCUCUCAGGGUAUCCUAUUUAUCCACAGUGUAGAUGAAGCCCUGGCAGUGGGCACAGCAAUGGCAGUGUUUCUCAGUGUUUAUUAUACCACAAUCCAGGACAACCUCACACCACUCUUGCUUGCUCUCAGGGAGAACAGACUGAAGAUGGCACAAUUCUUAGUAAGGAUGGAAGCAAGCGUGCAUGCAGUUGACUCACAGAGAAGAAAUUCUCUCAUGUAUGCUGUAAGGUGUGACUCACCAGUUAUGGUCAACCUUAUUCUUCAACAAGGUGUUGACACAAAUUUGAAAGAUUUAUUUGGAUGGACUGCUUUACGUUAUGCUACUGAAGGUGAUCGUGAUGUGAGGACAAUACUUUUGGAGUUAAGAAAGAGAAAUCGAGCAUUUCAGAGUUCUGAAAACUCUUCAAUCAGGCUUAUCAACAAAGCUGAUGCUGAAGUGACCUCACCUACGGCAAAUGAGGUUCGUAAUGUUGGUCCUGGGGAAACAUACUCAUUGCUGAACUUAGGAUUUAAUACUCAUUUCUUACUUAGGAUUUAA